UUUUGCUACACAAGUUAACUCUCUCUCUCUCUCUCUCUCUCUCUCUCUCUCUCUCAGCAACCCUUUACCCAUCAUCUCUGCCUCUUCCUUCGAAGCUGAAGCCCUAACUAAAAAUAAAAAGACAUCAAUUCUCAUCAGCUUUUCAUAAACCAGGAAAAUUUCACCACACACACUACCUUAUAACUUUUUCUGUUCUAAGGUGGAAAAAGAAAAGAGAAAAAAGAAGGAAAGAAGAAAAAGGGGGAAAAGAUUUCAUCACAGAGCUUCUAUUUUGGUCACUGUCGUUUGUUAAAUGGGUGCACCAGACUCAGCCGGGGAUGGAUCCUGACCGGCAUUGCUCCCAAUGGGAAAGUCCGACGAAGAGCACCACCAACCUUUGCCUCCCGGCGCCGCCGCCGCGGAAGAUCCGAGGCCCAAUGUGGCUGUCGGCGGUUCCUUUUCUUUUAGUCUUAGAUGCCUUCUCGUCUUGCUCUUCUCCGCCGCCGUGUUCCUGUCGGCUCUAUUCUUCUUGCCACCGUUCGCUAACUUCUCAGAUCAGAAGGAUCCACUUUCCCAUUCACAGUAUAAAGGUCAUGAUAUUGUUGCAAGAUUUUUCCUUGAGAAGCCAGCUUCUUUGUUAGAAGACAACACCGUGCAGCUUGCAAAUGACAUUUUUGAAGAGAUUGGAGUUCCCUCUACCAAAGUGGUCAUCUUGUCUCUAGAUCCCUUCCCAGGAUCAAACACAACAAAAGUGGUAUUUGCAGUUGAUCCUGAUCGUAAAUAUUCUGAAAUGUCCUCAGCUACUCUCAGUUUGAUUAGGGCAUUAUUUAAAUCUCUGGUUAUCCGCCAAUCGUUCCUCCAACUUACUCCAUCCUUGUUUGGAAAACCCUCCUUUUUUGAGGUGCUAAAAUUUAAGGGAGGAAUCACUAUAAUUCCGGAACAGAAGGUGUUUCCUCUGCAGCACGUGCAACCUCUAUUCAACUUUACUUUAUAUUUCUCUAUUUAUCAAAUACAAUCUAGUUUUGAUAGGCUGACAAGUCAGCUAAAGUCUGGAUUACAUUUGGCAUCUGAUGAGAAUGUGUAUGUCGUCUUAUCAAAUUCUGAAGGUUCGACAAUAGCUGCUCCUACAAUUGUUCAGGCGUCUGUCUUACUUGAAUAUGGAAUUACUCCAUCAAAGGAGAGACUAAAGCAACUAGCCCAAACCAUUACCGGACCCCGUGCAGAUAACCUCGGCUUGAAUAACACUCAAUUUGGCAGGGUUAAGCAGGUCCAACUUUCCUCCAUCUUGCAACAUUCUCUUAAUGGCAGUAGGGGUAGUGGCUCUAUCCAGUCGCCCUCUUCUGCUCCUGGUCCUAUGCCUCAUACACACCACCACCAUCAUCACCACCACCAUCACCAUCAGCUUCAUAAUGAUCACCUCAGUGCUCAUCUAUCCCCUGCAAGUUCACCUACACCUGCACCUGCACCUGCACCUGCACCUGCAUCUGCAUCUACAGAAGGUGCAACUCCACCUGAAGUUGGUUCUCCUGCUGCAAGUGUGCCUGCAAUAGGUAGAAGCUACCAUGCUCAGCCUCCUAGUUGUCAACCUGUGUAUAAGAAGAGGUCUACUCGGAAAGCUUUGAAACAUAGUCAUGUAACUCCUGCAGUUGCUCCUACUGCUUCUCCACACUAUCCUGUUGAAUCACCAAAACAACGGGUUGAAUCCCCAGCAUACAUCUCUCAUNNNUGA